AACCCUCAUCGAUAACUAGGGUUUUAAACGCCCAGAACCCCAAAGACACUCGAAAAUCGCUAAAAAUGGCGACUCGCGUUCUCCUUCGCACCCUUCUCUCCUCCGUCAAUCAAACCCUAAUCCCUCGUUCAUUCACAACAUCUGCUUAUCUUCAACGUUUACGCCCUAUUGUCACUAUCGCCGCCGCUAAUAUCCGUCACUCCUCACUUGCGGCUACCAAUACCCGUGCUUUCUCUACCCGACUCACCACAUCUUCUCUGAAUGAUUCGAACCCUAAUUGGUCAAAUCGUCCCCCAAAGGAGACAAUUCUUCUCGAUGGCUGCGAUUUUGAGCACUGGCUUGUCGUGGUGGAGAAACCCGAAGGCGAACCGACUAGAGAUGAGAUAAUUGAUUCGUAUAUCAAUACCCUAGCCAAGGUUGUUGGCAGUUACGAUGAAGCAAGAAUGAAGAUCUACUCAGUUUCAACAAGAUGCUACUAUGCUUUUGGAGCCCUUGUGUCGGAAGAAGUUUCUUACAAGAUUAAAGAGUUACCUGGAGUUCGUUGGGUUCUUCCUGAUUCUUACUUGGAUGUUAAGAACAAAGAUUAUGGAGGUGAACCAUUUAUUGAUGGAAAGGCUGUUCCCUAUGAUCCAAAGUACCAUGAGGAGUGGAUUAGAAACAAUGCUCGUGCCAAUGAGAGGAACAGGAGGAAUGACAGGCCUCGCAACUUUGACCGGUCAAGAAAUUUCGAAAGAAGAAGAGAGAACAUGCAGAGCAACCGUGGACCACCAGUUAUGGGCGGUCCACCACCACCCAUGGGCGGCCCACCACCACCACCUAACUACUUGGGUGGUCCACCACCCAACAACAUGGGCGGACCACCACCCAAUAUGGGAGGUGGCCCACCACCCAAUAACAUGGGAGGAGGUCCACCACCCAGUAACAUGGGGUAUGGAGGUCCUCAGUCCAACAACUGGAAUGGACCACCACCACCUUACAAUGGAGGGCCGCCAAACAUGGGAGGAGGAAUGAGGCCCCCGCCUCCUAAUUACCAGCAGCAGGGAGGAUGGAAUGCACAGAACAAUGGAGGACCAGGGUAUCAAGGGCAAAAUAGUAAUUAUCCUCCUCCUCCUCCUCCUCCACAGAAUGUAGGUGGUGGGAAUCCAUACCAGAAUCAGGAUGUACCUGGGAGAGACAUGCCUAUGCCCCCUGCAGCCAACUAUUAAUAAUGGGAAUGGCUGAUUCCAUUCCGGUUACAAAGUGUGUUUUGGUUGUGGUUUAGUUAAUGAGAAAUGGUAGUUUGGUUCAAAAGGUUUUUGUCACAAACUUGAGGUAUCAUCGAGCUUAUGGUAUAUUGUAUAGCUUAGUGACAAUCAUGAUGGGUCUAUUUAUGCUGCAUUUAGUUAUGAACCUAUUUAUUUAUGGAUAUGUGGAUUUAUCUAAAUUAUGUUAUUGCAGCUAUUAGUUUUAUCUGGA